GAACUGAGGUAGUCUUAGAAGACUUCUAAUUUUAAGACGCGGAAAUAUAAAUAUGGAAAGCAAAGGCAAAGGCAAAGGCAAACGCAUAAGGCAAAGCUUCCAACUUUCCAAGAGCCUAAAAUCCAAACCAAUGGGACUGCAAUUUCUUCAUCUUCGCCUCAAUCUUCUCUUCUCUUCGCUUCCUCUUUCCCUUUAGGGAUUUCCUCACUCUUCUCUUUACAAUUCAUACGCUGCCGUUCUCUCUUUUGUUCACAAUCGAACUCUCCAGAAAUCCAUCCGUAUAGUUUCUAAUGGUGUUUUGGAUUGGUCACUUUGAAUGAAUGGAACACUGCUUUUGGUGGAACCACUUGUUUUCCUUUGCAUUGUUCUUAGUUGGGAUUUGGGUUCUGAGUUGAGGUCUAGUUUCUUGUUUGGUUGCUGGAAAUGUAGGAAAAACCAUGUUGGUUGGUGAGACUUGUGCAAAAAAUGUAUUGGUUGGAUGUUUUGGUAAACAGUGAUGUGCUAAAGUCAGCAAGAUUUUUGUCUGAUGAGAAUAAGAUAGUCAAUAACUAAUGUAUUCCUCACUAAUUCUGAGCUAAAAUGUACAUUUAGGAGCGUGGGUUCAGAAGGGUUGUAUUUAUCCAAUAAAACAAUGGAAACUGCAAGGUGUUGGUUCAAUAUGUUGAAAUUAAAAGAUAAGCUAAGGCCUUCAAAGAAGAAAGAAGGGGCAGGUAAUGCAAAGGAGGUGUCUAAACCAGCAACAAGUGAAGAGGCACCAUCAAAUGUCACCAAACAGCGGGUAGCAGCUGCAAAGCAGUAUAUUGAAAACCAUUACAAGAAGCAGAUGAAAAGCCUGCAGGAAAGAAAGGAGCGACGUGAUAUUCUAGAAAAGAAGUUGGCUGAUGCUGAAGUAUCUGAAGAAGAACAAAACAACUUACUAAAGUAUUUGGAGAAGAAGGAGACAGAAUACAUGCGUCUUCAGAGGCAUAAGAUGGGUGCUGAUGAUUUUGAGCCAUUGACCAUGAUAGGCAAGGGUGCAUUUGGAGAGGUUAGAGUCUGCAGGGAGAAAGCAACUGGUCAUGUUUAUGCUAUGAAGAAGCUUAAGAAGUCAGAGAUGCUUCGUAGAGGCCAGGUUGAACAUGUGAAAGCUGAGAGAAAUCUACUUGCAGAGGUUGAUAGUAAUUGUAUUGUCAAAUUAUAUUGCUCUUUUCAAGAUGAAGAGUAUCUAUAUCUCAUUAUGGAAUAUUUACCUGGGGGAGAUAUGAUGACUUUAUUGAUGCGGAAGGAUACACUAACUGAGGAUGAGGCCAGGUUUUAUGUUGGAGAAACUGUCCUGGCGAUUGAAUCUAUUCACAAACAUAACUAUAUUCAUAGAGACAUCAAGCCUGACAACCUGCUACUUGAUAGAAAUGGUCAUAUGAAGUUAUCAGAUUUUGGUUUAUGUAAACCAUUAGAUUGCAGUAAUCUUCAGGAAAAGGAUUUUUCUAUGGCAAACAAUCUCAGUGGGGCUCUUCAAAGUGAUGGACGACCUGCAGCACCAAAACGCACACAACAAGAGCAGUUGCAGCACUGGCAGAGGAACAGAAGGAUGCUUGCAUAUUCUACGGUUGGUACACCUGACUAUAUUGCUCCAGAGGUUUUGCUGAAGAAAGGAUAUGGAAUGGAAUGUGAUUGGUGGUCUCUUGGUGCUAUCAUGUAUGAAAUGCUUGUUGGAUAUCCACCCUUUUAUUCGGAUGAGCCGAUGUCAACCUGUCGGAAGAUAGUAAAUUGGAGAACACAUUUAAAGUUUCCAGAAGAAGCAAAACUAUCCCCGGAAGCAAAAGAUCUCAUCAGUAAACUUUUAUGUAAUGUUGAGCGGAGGCUUGGAACAAAAGGCGCUAAUGAAAUUAAGGUGUUGUGUUAUGUGGCUCACCCAUGGUUUAAAGGUAUUGAAUGGGAUAAGUUAUAUCAAACGAAAGCCGCUUUUAUUCCUGAAGUCAAUGAUGAGCUGGAUACACAAAAUUUUGAGAAGUUUGAAGAGGCCGACAACCAAAUUCCGUCUGCAGCAAAAUCAGGUCCAUGGAGAAAGAUGCUUUCAUCCAAGGAUAUAAACUUUGUGGGUUACACGUACAAGAACUUUGAAAUUGUAAAUGAUAAUCAGUUACCUGGCAUUGCUGAAUUGAGGAAGAAGAGCUCAAAACCCAAGAGACCCUCCAUCAAAUCCCUUUUUGCAGAGGAUGAGUCGGUAGCAGCUGCCAGUCAACCUGUUCAAGGGAGCUUCUUAAACCUCUUGCCUCCGCAAAUAGAGGCCCCUGAGAAUCGUUCAAGAAAAUGACCUGCCUCAAUAUCCUCGUGCUAUGGGACGAGAGAUGGCCUGAGAUAUCCAAAGCUAAAAUCUUACCGUUCCCCGGAGAAUAGCUUUUGUUUUGCUGCGUCUUACAUUUCAAAUUUUCAGUGAAAAGUUUUAGGGGCAAAGGCCCCAAAACAAAAUGGUUUUGAGUAUGGAAUUGGCUCUGAGUCUUGUGUCAGCUUCAGGAGAUUGUUCUUUUGUAAAAUAAUAUCUGAAAGUAAAUAUUCUUUCAUAUUUGUUAUGUAUUCCCCCCCCCCCCCCCCCCCACCCCAAAAUUAUGUGGAGCAGAAGGAAGUUCUUGUACAAUAACCCAUUGUUGUUUUUUCAUGUAAUUAUUUAUUAUUAACUUGUUCUUGGGUUUA